AUGUCGUCACUAUUAACAGACACCAAAUCCGCCAAACGGAACUCGGACCCAAAAUCCCCUGUCGUGCAUUCCAUACGAUCGUCUUCGCUGCGUAACUCGCCUUCUACUAGGUCAAAGUCUCUUUCACCGAGAAAACGCACCACAAACCAGCCCCUACACAUACGAAUGAACCUGACGGAGACACAGAUGGACAAGAUAACCGACGCAUUCGCGUCCAAGCUCAACGCAAGCCAUAUGAGCCCGGCAAAAACACACCUGAUUGACAAAUCCAAUGAGCCUUCAGCUCAAAACCAACCCAGGAGAGCUGAGCCUGGAUUUGAGCCCCCCGAGCAGCUCAAGCCCCACGAAACAAUGAACAUCGUCUCUCCGACGAUUUCAGAGCUCAUGCCUCGUUCAAAGGAUGAGUCCCUAGCGAAAAGGCGACAAAAAGCAAUGCCAGCUCAGAUUGACGUGUUUACCCAGCACCGAAGCACCAGCAAGCCACAGAGACCGCAGAUGGAGCAUGUUGAAACAGCCGUGUCGCCACUAAGCGCAAAUAUUGCGACUAAAAACGAUGCCCAGAAGAGACCACCUUCAUCUUCUCGCGGCUUGGAGUUGCAGCCUCCAAGGCCAUUGAACAUUCCAAGCAACAGGAGGAGCCAGCAGCGCGAACACGGCGAGGACGGCAUGAUAGACGUCUACAAUGACUGGACACAGAUUUACAGGUCUGGUGUAUCUCCUCUCUCUCCCGAGCCAAUCCGGUCCCCAGGAAGCGAGAUUCAUCAUCCACGAAGGUCCAAGAGUCUGGCCGAGGGCAUCAGAAGACAGAGAAGCCCCGCCAAGACCUCUCUAAAUCCCGAAUCAGAGCGACAGGCUUAUUAUCCGCCCGAUAUGGUAUCCGAAAGUCCCUUAUUCUCGCCUCUACCGCUGUAUUUCCGCGGGCAAGACUUCCCGACCGUCAAACAAGGCGGCAAGACGCUAAUUGGAAACAACGGAUGGCUUGAGAAAACGGGACAGGAUCUUGGGCAGAAUGGGGAGAACAAGAUGCCCCAAAAGAGGACCGGUAUUUUCGACAGCCUCAGGAAAAUCGCCAAGGACAUGAGCCUGCUCUAUUGCGAGCUAGAGUACCAUCUCACUUCCGCCUUGAACAGCUACAUUUCUCAAGAGCUCGAAAAGGGCCGCCUCGUGCCCAUAAACUUCCAAAAGAUCGCCGACGCCUGGUACCAGCAGGGCCGGCCACGUGUGGUCGGGUUCCGCUUCGACCUCGAGACGCAAGUCGACCUAGUCGCGCUGCACGUCAACGAGUUUACCUUCUGCGGUCGCCGCCAGUGCAACCCCGUUGAGAUCAGCAGCCUUCUGCACACCAUGAAGGUCAACGCACGAGCGAUGCGCGUCCGUACCUUUUGCCAGCCCGACUCGGUCAUCGCGAAGCAGCUUGCAGACAGCCAGUCCCUCUUUGACAUGAUUGGGGCCGCAAACGACGCAAUCAGAGCUCUGUCAGAGAUUCUACACUUUUUCAAGGUAAUUGUCGAGCGGGAACAAAAUGUGUUGCAGCAGCGACAAAAGGAGCAGAAGCGCACCACGGGGUUGCCGUCGCGUGCCAUUUAUCAGUGA